CGCCUAGCGCGCUCGUAUCCACAGUCGAUGGCGCCAGCGCAGUUGCUGCGCGCCCAGCCGGCCUUUGUGCGGCUGCUCUCGCAGGAUGCGCGCAAGAAGAUCGAAUCGGCGGUGAAGAGUGACCCACUGGUCAUAUUCAUGAAGGGUACACCGCAGAUGCCCAUGUGCGGGUUCAGCAGAGCGGUGUGCCAGGUCAUGGAGGUGCAGGGCGUCAGGCCGGAGAAAAUGAAGACGUACAACUGCCUUGAGGAUGAGGAGCUGAGGCAAGGUAUCAAGGAGUACAGCGAAUGGCCCACCAUCCCGCAAGUGUACCUCAACGGCGAAUUUAUCGGAGGGUGUGACAUCAUGCUCAGCAUGCACCAAUCAGGAGAGCUCGAAUCGGCGCUAGACAAGGCUGGUGUCCUGGACCCGCCGCAGCCGCAAACCGAAGCGCAGUCGUAGGCUUGCAUUUUCGGGCUGGCGCAAGGGAAUAGCACGCAGACCAUAUGCCCACGUUCUCAGCCCCUUUGUAUCUUAGUCAACUACCAGAUA